AUGGACCACAACUACUGGAAUGUAGACGACUUUAUCGCCGACUCCCAGAGGCUACCAUGCACCUUCAACAUCGACGUGCCCAACAUGGGCCAGAUCCAGUCGAAUGAGGAACGCGACAUCAAGGCGCUUUCGCGUGUCGAGUUGCCCUUCUGGCUGGCAGAACUGAUGGCUCUCAACAACAUUGUCUCAAUCAACAAACCCAAGUCGUUUUCAACAAGAGUCAAAGCGGCGCUAGAUGCGAAUCCAACAUCAGUCCAGUUGCGGCAUCAGAACAUUCACUGGUAUGCGCUUGGUGCCCGCCUUGCUCAACUCAUGGACGACGACGACACCGAAAUGCAAGUGCUCUCAAAAGCGUACAUCGGCCGAAUAGCACAGAUCUUCCAACAGUCUCAGCACCUCUCCACCGCCUCUACGAGUUCUUCAAGCGCGGCUGGAACGGCAGCAGAGGGCGACGAACACGGCUUCGCGACGGCACAAGCCAUCGCGGCUAUGGUCUCGGAUGGGCCGACGUUAGGUAUGAGUACGGGGACUGCAAUGAGUGCAGAGAUAACGGACUUCUUGCAGGGCAUGGAAGAGUCGGAGCGGGCUUUGCUCAGGAAUGGUCAAGAGGGGGCGCGGUUGAUGAAGGACUUCAUGGCGGGGGAUCAUUGA